CAAAUCGCUGUUGAUAACGUGUUUAGUUAGUCACAUAAUACAAUAGAAUUUGAAGCCUAAUUUAAGUAAAUAUUGCGAACAGUCCAAAAGCUUAGAAUAUUACUUGUGGAUUCAUACGUAAAUUAUCAAAGAUUGGACAAAGUCGACCGUAAUUACUUCCCUGGGGAGCAGAUUACCCCGAAUCACUAGAUCGAAGAACAUCCGGAGGAAAAAACUACAGUGCGAGCGGGAAAAAAAUUGUGGAUUAUGCUAAUUUAUUGAUUUUGUGGUGAUUGCGAAUUCCGAUGAUCUAGGCACGUGAAAUUGUUACAUAUUUAAAGCUAAAAUGGCAGUGUUAUACAUUCAGUGACUCAUCAAGCGAGCUGUUACGAUUCCUGGCGUCCAACUUGAUGUUUUAGACGGAUAAUAUACUUAGUCUACGUACAUGCAUAAUUGGUUUGAUCGUUAAAUCUUCAUUUCAAGAGAAUUCUCUUCAUUCUCAUAAUCGCUAAUCCUACUGCUGGUCAAUUAUUUAGUACAUGGGCCAGCUAUCUACGUUCCCACAUUCCACAUUGAGACAGCAAUAAUUACCAUUGCCAAGGAUAACCGUAAUUGAAGGGCAAGAGAAAACAAACGGAAACGUGGAGCGCACACAACGAAAACCGAGGAAAACGAGGAGGUGUUGAAAAGGCGGUGUUGUUCGGACACCGCUACCGGAACCAAAAUGGAUUCAUUCUUUAGAUUACGACGCUCGUCACAUGCGCCCAGCACCUGCAAUCAAGAGCCGUUGAUCGUGGUGGAGGAAUCGGAAAAUUUAGAAAAGGAGGAGGAAAUCAGUCAAACCUCGACGCCACGGCACAGUUUAGAUAUCGAGUCACCUGAAAAUCCGUAUUUACUGUCGCCGUGGCGUGACCCCCGGGAAACCCGUAAACAUUCCCUGCCCACACCGCCAUGCACCAGCGGAAUCACGGCCAGCCAAGUGCGGCGACUUUCGGAGCGCGGUGGGGAAGGUUCCGGACCAUCGCCCCGCGAGCAGGCGUUCCUGGCCACGUUGUACAGUUCACCCGCGCCGCAGCCCGGUGGACGGAGGCACUCGGUCGUUACCAUCAGCAAGGUUCCAUCGACUAUAUUCGGCCGUAAUCGACGAGAGUCUAUUGCCGCGCUUCCUGCCGGACAGAGAUCCGCAGCAAGUUCUCGUCGUGAAAGCAAAACUGGCCCACCGCCCUCAACAGAUCAUAGAGGUAGUAUACAUAAUUUACAAUUAGAUAUAAUGGAUGAUAUAGUACAAGCUAGAAAGGCGCGAAUGAAGUUAUGGAAUACGAGCAAUGAGAAAGUAUGUGAAGUUCAAACGCUGGAUGAAGCUGGUGCUGGUUCUAGUUCGCCGAUGCGUUACACGAAUAGGCGUUACUCGGAUUUUGUGGGUACGACGUUACCGCCAAUACAGUCGUUCAGACGCUCGUCCGAAAUGCCUAUUUCGCCGUCUGUCCCGCUAACACCAGCAACAGCGUCAUCAUCGAAAGUAAUGACAGCGUCACCGAAACCCACCAUAUCGGGAAUAGUCUGCACAAAUACUGACCUAAUAUCUCUUCUAUCGUCCCUAGCUUCAUCGGCAACUGAAAUAAAUAGAUGUGGUGAUAAAGACUACCCAACCCCUCAAACUCCUCAAUCUUCAUCAUCAUUUAAAUCCAUCACUAAAUUCCCUCCAGAAGUCGCCGGUGCCAAUCUAAAGAAAAAUCGAUCCAAUAGUUUUGACAUUUCCCUGUAUCACAAUAUCAAGCAAUUAGCGACCGGGGCAAGUACGAGUGCAACCGAGCAGGAGAAAUCCUCCGUAGAACCGGGAUGGUUCGCCAAGCGGCACCAACCGAUGGAUCGGAGAAAAUCCAUCAAGUCACCCAAUGCUACCGUAUCAUUUGCCAAGGAAGCAAUAGACAAACUGCGUGACAAGUCUGAUGCAAAGUCGGGGGACUCGACAAAGCCGAAAACCAAGGAGUCGCGGUCGCCACUGAGCAAGUUAAAAUGGGACGGUAGAAGUGCCAUCGUGGAUGCACGUAUGAUCGGUCACGCCAUAGAGAACUUCAUUACGGGCUCCGGCUCAUCGAAGAAAUCUUCCAGUUCGAAGGACCCUUCGGCGAAGUCAAAGAAAUCUUCGUCAUCAUCGUCGUCCAGCUGGUUUGGCAAGGCAGAUGAUGACGACUCGAACGAUACGUGUGAUUCAUCGCUGUGCUCAACGCUGAAGGAUUUGUUCGUGAAGUAAAUCAAGUGAAGUCCGGCAAAGUCGCGGAACACCAAUGAACACUCGGUGGGAUGUUGGGUUUUGUAUAAAAUUGUUUCGCACGAGGAAGCUUUGAAUAUUAUUUUUAUAAACGAGGAACAAUUCGGCAUAUCUUUACAUUUUUCAACUCAUCAAGCGUUGGUGGAUCUUAAACCGAUUGAAACUUCAACCUAUUAUCCUUAACUUUCCGGGACUCGAGACUUUGAAGGUUUUGAAAACUCUCCUUUGAUCAUUGGCAGAAGUUUGGUAAA